ACCCGGGCAGGGCUCUGCUCGGUGCUGGUGAGGGAUGGAUUCGGGGCCACGUUUUUGCCUGGGGAUCCUUUGCCUGUUGCUCCGGUGCCCAUCCCAUCCUGCGCUCCCCAAGGGUCUGUGUCUCUCGCAGGUGAUGAAUUUCUCUGCAAGGUCAUUGCUCCCUUAGGCUCUGGCUUUGAAGAUCGGUCCUUCAGAGGAAUCAUCCCGACUGUGUCUUCCCUCUGAGCUACGACCGCUUUCCAGUGGGAGCAUUGCUCAGGGGAGAGCUCUGAGGUUUUCCUGAAGAGAAAUUCCAUGGGGACUGUACCUGACCCUCUAAGGUCAGCUAAAACUUCCCUGAUCACAGCUUCUGGAAAAGAGGAUCUAGGAGAGGUAGAGGCUACCUCACCUCAGCCUCGACCAGCCCUCCUGUGCAAGAACACCAAUGGCCUUUCCGGCAAGCCUACGGAACCAGACCUCAGCCCCAGGGCAGCUUCCGAGGCCCUGAUGCAGGCCUGUGAGCAUGAGGCCACCCAGCCAGACAUGUCUUCUCCUGGCAUCUUCAAUGAGGUGGCAAAAGCAUCUCCCACGCUCAACUCCCCUGGCCAUUCCCAGCUGCCAGGAAACAGCAAGCCCACAGCACCAGCCCCGUGCUCUGCAGCAGGUAAGGAUCUUCUACACACAGCAUGUACCGCGCCAGCCAGUCAACACACCCACCAGGCCAUCCCAGGUGACCAGCCCAACGCCAGCGCCUCACCAAGAUCUGAAGAUACCCUGCGGGAAUCACAGAGACCCUCAGAGGGAGAGCAGCCGGAGAAGUCGAGCUGUCCUGUGGGAGGCACUUGUAGCAGCAGUGAAGAUCAAGCGCCCUGUGACUUUCCUUCUCAAGAAACAGUCCAGGGAAUGGUGCAAAAUGCAGACGCAGCUGCGGGGAUGCUCGGCCAUGCCUCCUCUCCCGCGGGCGGGCCUCAAGGGGAAAGGCAGGGGGCCUUUCAUGACUCCAAGACGAGGUCCUGUGCAUCUCCAGCAGGAGAAGACGGACGUUCAGGGAGCAAACAGCCCUCUGCCACCACCUCACCCACCCAGGCCGUGAGUUCUGUGACACCUCAACCAUCCCACCUCACUCGCGAAGGUUUGGCGUUUCCUCCAGACCCAGAGAAGGCGCUGCAACCAGCGCAGCGUCAGGCGUCAAGGUUCAGGGAGGCGAGUACCAUGACCAACCAAGCUGAAAAGGAGAUCCAGGGCGUCCCCAACAGGGCUCAGCAAGAUGCUGAGGUGCAGGCCGUGGCGAGUGUUGAGAGCAGAUCUGUCUCCACCAGCCCCAGCAUCCUCACUGCAUUCUUAAAGGAAACCCCUGCCCCUGAGCGUUUGGAACAAGAGCAGCUGCGUGUCCUUUGCCACGGCAGCGGGAGCCACACUUUGGAGCUGUCAGUCAACACCCUAGCCCCCCAGGAGUUGAGGCAGUGCCCUGGCAUCAUGCCAGAGGUGCACAUCCAGGCAGCUUCCCAGGGGGGUAGUAAAUUGGUGAGCCUCCCCGGUGAGGUCCUCAAUACCUCAGCCAUCACUGCUCAGGAUUCCUGCACGGAAGAUGGGGGGUCAGCAGGAAUGACCCCCGCGAGGGUGGAGCCCACCUCCAGACAGCUCUCAGGUACUCAUUCUAGCUCCCUGACAGCCAGCCCCCUGGACCAGGCUUCUACCAGCGCGGGAAGCCAAGAGGAAAGCGGCCGUGGAUUGGGGACGUCCGAAACCAAGCCCUCUGAGCGCGCAGUGAAGAGCGCAGGUGGCCACGGCGCAGGCCCAGACUGCAAAGCCUCCGACUCCUGCGGCCCUGCCCGCAAGCCUGGCCAGUCCGGGAGCUGGGGUCCCACUAACAAAGCAGACGCGGGAGAGCUGCAGCCUGCGUCGCCCCGGAGAGGAAAACAGGAACCCGACGGCGGGGCGGGCGCGGAGCCCAGAGCCCUCCUGCUCAACCCUAAGUCUCCAGAAAGCGGAGGCCCAGGGCCAGCUGCCAGCCCCACGCCCUCCCCGAGGACCCCAGCGCGCGCGGUGAAGGCGAGCCCGCGCCGGGCCAGCCGCGUCAGCGAGUUCCUCAAGGACCUGAACGUGACCGCGGCCGUGGCGCAGGUGGGGCUCACCCCCGGGGAGAAGAAGAAGCCGCUGGGCGCCGAGGCCCGGCUGCCGCUGAAGCCGUCCAAGCGCGUGCGGGACGUGGUGUGGGACGAGCAGGGCAUGACCUGGGAGGUGUACGGCGCGUCCCUGGACCCCGAGUCCCUGGGCGUCGCCAUCCAGAACCACUUGCAGAGGCAGAUCCGGGAGCACGAGAAAUCCAUCCGAGCGCAAGGCAGCCAGGCCCGCAGAUCCAUUUCCUCCGAGACGUCUUCAAAUAAAAAGCUCAAAGGCCGGCAGCACGGCGUUUUCCAGGCCCUGCUGCAGAGCCUGCGGCGCCCCGCCUGCUGCGUGCGCCCCGCGCCGUCCGCCGUGCUAGACUGAAGGGCGCGGGGCCUGUGCGGGCGCCUGCGGGGCUCGCGGGUGUCCCUCCGCGUCCGCGCUGGCUGCGUGUCCCCCCCAGAGACCAGGAAGGAAAAGCGAGUAUUAGCGACGGGAAACCGCAAGGACGAAUUGUUGGGCCCUUGGAUGGAAGCUCCAGAAAUUAAAAUACCAUUGCAGCGGGAAGCAGGCCUCGCUGCAAGUUUAUGACCUUCAUUAAGAGGAAAUAAGAUUCGCUGGGUUGUGUUUUUUCAUCUGUUGUUGCUCCUAGAACCGGUGUUACCAUUACGCGUGUGUCAUUUUGUGUCACCGUCUCAAUGUAUCACACUGAGGUAUUUUCCAUUGAAAUCCCUGCUCCGUGUUAAAAAUACCAAAAACACUAUUAGCAACACCACCGGUAUCCUUUCUAGUCCUGUUGCAAUAAGAACGCCGUUACCACGCAAAGUUUAAGGAGCCGAUAAGAACUAGGAUGUAAAAAAAAAAAAAAUUGAAACAAAUUUAACUCAUUCCUAGGCCAGAGGACAUGAAGUAAAAAGCAUUUAAACGCAUAAAAUGCCAAAUACGAAUUAAUAUUUGUAAGCACCUACAGAUAAUCAUUUUUAUAAACCUUGUUAUACCUCUUAAUAAAUUUAAGAAAGUUGUAUUAGGAGAAUUAGCUAUGCUUUUGAAUAUUAAUACUGCCCACAUAACACAUGAAUUUAUAUAUACAGGUUUUCCGGCACCGAAGGCAAGGUGCAUCUCUGUGAUUCAGACUAGGUUAACUUAACAUUUCCUUACCCUGGGGGAAGUACAUGUGGCUAAAUUCUUGAAAAGAAUCGUCAAAUUAUUGAUAAUACUAAAUUUUAUGUUGUAUAGGUGUUCUCCAAAAACAUUCUACCGACAGUGUUAGGGUUCUGGUAAGGAAUCAUAAAUAACCAGUUAACAAACACUCUUCUUUGUUGAAAAAAAGAAAAGCUUCCUGAGUUACAAAAACAAUGUGUUUCAUUUAGACUCCUGUAAACAAAAUGCAGUUUGUAUUUUUCUUUUGAUUUGGUUCAGUAGCUUCUAAUAGAAAAUGUAGUCAACAGCAAAUAGAACACAAGCUCCCUGACAGUUUUUGUAUGCAGACUAAUAUCACGUAAUUGCUUAAGUUUCUUAUCUAUCCCAAUAAGGUAACAUCUGCAAAUUUAUUGAUUUUAAAAGAAAUACCAUCAUAUCUCACCCUUCAAACCCAAUUAAAAAAAAAAAAAAAAAAAAAGGCUUUUACUAAAUUGCAGUUUGAGCUUUGGUCCUUGAGGUCAUAGGCCCCUGUUUGAGCUCAGCCCUCACCUGUCUCUAAAUAUGGACCCUGUCCAUGGGGCCCAUCAGUGUCUUGCAGGGCACUAGGCUAAGAUGACCAGCAGUGGCUUGAGAAUUGGGGUAAUGUGGGAGAGGGGAAUGAGCUAGGGCCCUGGAAAGGCUUCCCCUCCUGGAUUCAUUGUAGGGAGAUCACCGCCACCACCUUGCAUUUAGAAAAUCCAGUUGUUAGAUGCCGAAGAGGCACUGCUUGCCUUCUCUAAACUCAUUCGCCUAGGUGAGACAGAUGGCCAUGUAUUCUCUCUCCAGAGACUCAUAAAUGCCAUUUUUGCAUGAACUCAAAAAUCUCCGUGUUGGCUUUUUUUUUUUUUUAAUUCUUUUUUGCAGAUGCUGAACAUGUUGGGGGAAAUCAUACUUGAACUUAAACACCACAAGCUACACUGGACACACCUAAAUUUGUAACAGUCAUUGAUUUUACAUGUGGCCUGCAUGAGUAGACGACAGUCACAGCAUUCUCAGGGCCUGAGAAUGGUACUUGACAGUGGUUGUACUUGGAGCUUCUAAUGAAUCUUUUCAUGAUACAUUUUUCAGUUUCUUAUUAAGAAUGCUGUCUAAAGUACAAAUUCUCAUCAAAUUAGCAAUGAAAUUACUAUUAAUGAUUAGAGAUUUGGUCUAAAACUACAAAUAUCCAUUUGUAGUAAUGUUCAUGUGACUUCUGUGGGAGACGCCUUUUCCAGGAUGGAGCCUCACUCCUGUCUCUCGCUCACUGGCUGUCUCCCUCACACGUUGGCAUACGCGCUGUGUAUGCACAGAGAACACCCUGUGUACACACUGGCAGCUGUCAACAGUGCCAACUCCAGCUGGGCGGGCCCCAGGUAAUCCUCUGUGCGAAGUGGCUAGAACAGGCUGUCCCUGCAUUAAAACAGGAGGAAAGGAAGAAUUCAGCAUCUGGUAAUAAUAUUUAUUUUCAUGAGUUUGGAGUAACCACAUGAUUUAUAAAUAGUUAAAUGAGGCACAGGCCUAAACGAGUUAUAGGCAUUUGUUGCACGUUAAAUUUUAAAUUAAAUUAAUUAAAACUAAAUCUGGUGUUGUAGUUGUGCCUCUCAUAUUAAAAUGUAAUGUUUGAGGUGGUCACUCCAACUGCUUUUCUUUGGUGCUGGAACUAACCUUUAACUUAAGAAUCUUUAAUUUUUAAUUUUUUGUCUCUACUUCUGCCAUACUCUAGAGACUGUCACAAAAUAUUACAAAAGCUUUCUUGCUCUGUUGCUUAUUGAACCUUAUAGAAGGAACAGUUUUUAAAAACAGUAACAGAAACCAAUCAUCAAAUGGAUAAAUAAGAUAGGAGCCUGUUCAAGACAACCAUGUUUCUGCAUUAUGAUACCUACUUACUCUCACAAUAAAACCUUGAUUUGAAAAUCUGCCUUAACUUUGGGCUGUGGCACAGCAUAGACUCUCAGUACGUCAUUCAUGACUCCUCAGGUUCACUCAGCAGAAGAGGCUGGAAAACCAUUUGAAUGGCAGACUCUGAGUGUGUUCAGCUUUUCCUUACCUGCACGGCACGCAUUGGGUUGAAAGUUGUUUUUGUCCUUAAUUUCUUUUGGUUAUGUUUUGUUCCUUUUUAAUGCAUUUUAGUUGUUGAAAUAAAUGAAGAAAAUCUUUUAUUAAGUAAAUAAAUACAAAUAUUUAUUGAACCAGUGGUAAAAGAAAGAUGAGUUGAAACACAGUGUCUGGAAGAUAAUGAAACAUUUAAAAUGUUGAGAUGCUAUCCAGCUUACCCAGUAAAUACUAGAUUUUUUAAUUUAAAUAUUGAUUUUUCUAUUUUUAUGAUGACAAAUAAAUGUCAGCCCUUCCGCUGUUAUAUGUUUAUCUUCAGUGCUUUUCUAAUUAUGUCUUUCUUGGUUGUUGGUUUAAUGCACAGACCAACUACUUAUAAUAAGAUCCUAAUUAGCCGCCAUGUGUUUUGGAUCUGUGGCAUAAGUUGAACAUUUUGUUAGGUCAAAGUUAACUAGAAACCUUUUUGUUUGCAUCCAAAAUGAAAUAUUUAUAAAAUAGAUGAGUAUGAUUUCCUACCUUGACAAGUUCAGCCAUAUUGAAUAUCAUUUGAUUUUUUAAUCUUUAGAAUUGUCUGAUACUCAUUACUUUGGAUACCAGUGUUCUCCGUGCUCUAGGUUAAAUACCAAAAGUUAAAUAAAUCGGACUGAAUAUGCAUGUGUAACAUAUACCACAGAGUUUGAAUUUUGGAACCAAGUCCUUACUAGGAUUAAGCUUGUUGUCUUAAAAUAGAGAGCUGAAGAGGAGUUCCUAUCAUUCCAGGAAUACCUGUAUAUACCGCGUGAAGAAUAUACUAUGAUGUGACUUUAAAAUUUGUUUACAGAGGAUAUAUAUGAGUAUGCUAUUAAUGUAAAUUUUUGGCUUUUGCUGUGUCUGCUCUGUUACUGUUUUACUGCCUAAAUGUAAAAAAUUGCCUUCUCUUCCUUCAACAUAUUGUGCAAGCGUUAAAAGAUUUGUGCACUUCUCAUACCAUACAAUUCACCACAUCCCUUGUCUGCUUUUUAAGAAUCAGUAAAGAAAAACAAUGCAUUAGAAUAAGGUUUGCAUAUAUGUAUAUGUGUUUUCACUGAAAAUUGGGCACUUGUAGCCUUCUGUGGGCCUCUACCCGUGUGGUUUCCCAGUCAUCUACAGUGCUGCCAUGGAGAUGUUGCUGGUGACUCUCUCCUGCUUUGUCCUAAAUGGCGUUUGAGAAAUGAGGCCUGUGAAUUUCCCUUUGUGAUAAUAAUACAGUGAACUCAGCAGUAUCUUGGAUGAAUGAGCUGACCGUCUUGUCCCCACCCCUGUUUUGUCUAUGCAGUGAAUCAGAAAUCUUGUCCACAUUUGCUUCAGUUUUUACUAUUUUAUAUUCAUAUCUGAGCACUUGUUUUCUGUUAGCAAUGUUCCUUGUAUGAGGCCCUUUUGGUUGAAUCGCUCCAAAUGUUGGUCAGCUGCUGCCACUUGGCAAAUAACAAGUGAUAUGCUGAAUCUCCUGUCCAUCCUUCCUAAUGAAAUUCUGCAACUGGCUGAGUAAUUAUAAAUAUCAUCUGUGCAGACACAUGGACUUAAGGAUGUCUAGAAAAUUUUAGACACUUUUGCAAAAGGGGAAAUAUAGUCUUGUAAAUAUUGAAACAGAUUUCAAUGAACUUUAUCCUAGUCUUGGAAAAAAAAUUCUUCUUGGCUACAAAAAUCAAAUAAACUUGAUUUGCAAUGACCAAGGACAUAAAUGAAGUGGAGGACGAUGGAAAAAUUCUGUCUCACAAGUAACCAGAGGUCAUUACAAUUACUUUUAACUGUGAACACUCACCAGCUAACCUACUCACUUGCCACAACCAAAUAACCUCUCUAAGUAAAUCCAAUACAUCUGUAUAUAUGUGUAGAUAGAAAUAACAAAACAGCCUGAAAAAGUACUGUUGGCUCUUAAUCAAAGUGGUGAUCAUUUUAAAGGACACUUAAAUAACCAUGGGCCUUGGUGAAAUGACUGCGGAGGCCAGAAUGGUGCAACAAGAUGUUAUUUACAAGUUUGGUGUGUGUGUUUUUUAAGUCCCAGAUAUCUCAGAUACUAAUCACGAGAAUAAAGACUGUUGACUAUGAAAUCAAAGCCAAGCAAUAAUGUGCCGAAAAGAGGCAGUUAUACCAGCAAGUGCAUCUACUGUGGGCAUACCAUUAUACAGUACGGUCUGCUCCAUGAAGACUGACUAACCCACAGGAUAAAAUAAGUAAAGGCAUCAUUUCUCCUUCCUUGCUGGAAAAGCUUGAUUAUGAGCUUCAUGAAGAGGUGCGGCACCAGUGAGCAUUAUUAGGGACAGGGUGAACAGCCAAUACAGAAAAGGAGUCCAGAAGUCUUGCUAGCUUUAAAACUCAAGACAGCUCCAACCAGAAACUUUGUUGAAAUGGAGAAGUUAAACAUAUGGUAAUUACUCUUCCUGGACACUUGCAUGUAGAAAAGCAAUUCAGUGAACUCUGCCUGGAGGAUUACCAGCCUUAGCUAUGAAAAAUGGGUUUCCAAAUGUAAAAUAACUAAAACGUGAGUACUCAUAUCAAAAGGGGCCUCAAAUAAUGCCUUAUGGAAAGAAAAUGAUGUUCCAGAUGGGCGUUCCUAAAUACUACUUCUUCAUCAAGUAUCUUUUUGGGUUAAAGCUCAACUCCACUGGCUGCAAACAGUAGGAAUAAAAGUCACAUAAUUUGCACUUCAAGAAAAGGUACUGAUGAUCAACCAGCAUGCUGAUAAUUAUGAUGAACGAUACCCUAGUGAUUUAAGUGUGUUAAGGAGAAUUAAAGGGGAGAGAAAUGCUAACUUCUCUUUUGAUUUCUUAAGAUGUGGGCCUGUCAUCCACUUAUUUCUGGGGUGAAAAUUAUAGCUUGCUUUCUGAUAUUGCUGCUAGCAUUACUCUUUGUUACUUUAAAAAUUAAAUUGUCUGUUCUUUAGAAAAACUUUUCAGCAGUUACACAAUUUUUUUUCUGAUUCAUAUCAUUGCUUGUAAUAUCAAGUAAAGACUAUGUAUAAAGCAAACUAUGUUGAAUGAGUAAAAAGAGCUUAUUCGGGUUUAUCAGUAUCUCUUAACGAUUUUAGAUUAGGUCCCUUAGCAUUUAUUUUAACUGCAUCUUUGAGUAAAUUAUUUUUCAUAAUGUUUUUCAUAAUGUCUUAAAAUGAUAUUGAUAAAUCAGGAGAUUACAGUAUUAUAGUCAUACUCCUGAAUCCCUAGGAGGGGAGAGACUAAUUCUUGUUUUAAGGGCAUCUUGAGAUACCUUUACUGAGGUGGAGAAAGGUCAAUGGGGCCUGAAAACUCAAGAAAGAAAUAUACUAACAAUUGCUAAAUUUCUAAAUGUAUUUAUCUCUGCUGUACUAAUAUGUUGUGAACAAAAUGUUGUGCAUAAUACUGUACCUGGUUGUGGUACGUCAAUACAUUCUGUAAGUGUGUAUGGUCUGUGAGUGGUUGGUUUUCUAUUUUUAUGUGUAGAAAAAAAUAACAUGCCGUUUCCCAUUUUAAGGCCAAGUUCUGCCAUAAGGUAGGCACAUGUACAAAAGUGAAUGAACCCAACGAAAGCGUGCGUGUGUAUUCAGUAACAGUCCUUUGGGCUUUGAAGAUCAGAAAGGGCUGUUGAUUUUUUUAAAUCAUCUCCGAGAGUAGAUAACAUAACUAUCACAAAGGCCGAAUAUAGUAAUCGGUACUUUGGCAUGUUACUAAAUAUGCCAGGGCUAAUUAACCAUGCCAUUAGUCACAGGUAAGGUCAGUUCAUUGACCACUGGGAUGAUUUACGUUCCUCACACAUCCUCUCCAUGUUAAGUGUGUGACUAGGAUGUACAUACUAUGGGUAUGAUUGUGUACAUACCUCGUAUGAAUUAUGUAAAUCCUCAAAGCAGCUACAGGAAAGCAGGAAGAAGAAACAGUUGUUCAAAAGCCUCAAAAGGGCUAACUCAAUGUGUAUUUUCAUUUUCUACACAUAAGAAAUGUGUAUAUAACAUACUGUAAAUAGCUUACCCACAUAUGUGUGCACACAUAAAUGCAUUUUAUUCAUACUGGUAGACUUAAGUAAAUCACAAACAACUCAUUGAAAACUGCAUUUUUCUAUGACUAUUCUGUUUUACAUAUAUUAGUAUUGGUUCAGAUGCUCUCCAUUAAAUGGUGUUAGUCCCUGGUAGCAGAUUUGGAAAAUUAGGAAAGCUCCUCUGGGCCACGAAAAUGUAGUUAGCAUCUUCCUGAGGCACAGACUGUACCUGAGCAGCUACGAAGGUUUAGUGCUGUUUCUUUAAGCACCUAAUUUUAUAUCUGAAAAUGACAAACACUGGGGGAAACCAAUUAUGUUUUGUAGACCUUGUUUGUACAUUUAUUAGUGUGUUUAUUUGCACAGGCUGAUAAAAGCCCUACAUUUUUUUAGACAUUUCCCUAGAUUUCAAGAGUGUGUAAUCACGGGAAGUGGAAAACAACCGUAGACAGUCUUUUGAGAUCAGCAAAACGAUGUUUAGCAACACCAAAGAGAAGUCUAGAGUAAAAAUGCGUUUUAAUUACACAGAUGAUGUUGGUAGGACAACAGGAUAUGAGCAAUUGUGAGUUCCUUAAGGUGGACUCAAAUAAAUUACUAUUGUUGAUAAUAUGAUACCGUGCGGACUUGAUAAUAAGACCUCAGUCAUCAGCCUGCAGAUGUCAACACUGGACAUUUUUCAGUUUAUUGCAGUUCCAAUCUGUGAAUUGAUAUUGUUUGAGUUUCUCUCACUUCUUCCAAAAGGAAGUACACUAUUAAAAUAAAAAAGUCUGAUCUGGUUCCUAAAACCUAAUGUGAUUUAACUCCAAUCCCUUGACACUAAAACUUAUGUUGACUGGGUAUUAGUUUGAAGAUAUGAAUGGAAAUACCAGAAUUUCCCAUUAAUAGAGAAUUCUGCAUGGCAAGGUGCAAAAAUAACCUCUUCUUGGUAGAAAGUUAAUGAUAUCAUUUAAUACAUACUUAUGUUUCAGAGAAUGAAUGUGCCAUCUUUAUAUCUAAGAUAAAAAUAAAAGGUUAACCAACCAUAAGAACACUACAGUUACAACUAUAGCUGGCUGUGUUUUUUAACUACUAAAAACAUACUUGUUUAUAAGAACAGCAUACCUGAAAUCUUGAUAUUUGUCAAUAUUUACUGUGGUUCACAAGAUUAAUUUAUGUAAGUAUUUUGGGAAAUGUGUAUUAAUUUAAGUGCCACCCAAAAAAUUUAUAGCUAUCAAUGUGAGAAUCAUUUAUGUUUGUAAAUACUCAGCUGAGAAAGACCUAAAGUGUAGUAUAGGGUUAAAUCACUGAAGAAAUAGUAAGACCAAAAUGAAAUUCCAUUCAUGAAUGUAUCAAUAUUAGAAUCUAAAAUUACCUCUUCACGAUAUCUAUAUACAAAGGUCAUAAAAUGGUUUAUUUAAGAAAGCCCCCAUCCUCCAGAAAUUGACCUACUAAUUCAAUUUUAUUUCCUAGAAAAAAAGAUGAAAUCUUAUGAUUUAUAUAUUGAUAUAUCAAGACUGAAAUUAUAUACACUUCCACCUUCAUUUUGGAUUUAAUUUCUGAAUGGAUGAAUGAAUGAAAUUCAACUGAUAACUUAGUUUUACCUUGAAAAAAUUUUACAUAUUUUUUCCAUUUCAUUUUCCAUAAUAAACGUAAGAUAGAUUAAAAUUUA